UCAUACAGAGAAUUUAUCCGCGAAUCGAGCUCUACUUUUUCGACCUUCACCUUUUGACAGCUGGAAAACAUGGCUUUACAAACGCAGUUAAGAAAUCUCCACUCCAAGACGAUUAGGGAUUUGUUGAAGGUAUGUAGCUGUCAGCUAUGUGGUACUAGCAGAGUGUACAGUAGUAAAGACCUUACAGAAGACAAAAAGAAACAGCUUCUAGAUGGGCCAGACCUUAGUGAUUUUAUUGAGGCCAGUCUCGCAGGCACAGAUAUUGGUGAUAAUAUCAUACAGAAAAAAGGAGAAAGGGUUCGACUUCCCAAAUGGUUACAGACCAAUAUACCAGUAGGUAAAAAGUAUCAUGGUAUCAAACAGAAUCUCCGGGAUCUCAAACUUCAUACAGUGUGUGAGGAGGCGAAAUGUCCAAAUAUAGGAGAAUGUUGGGGUGGAGGUGAGCAUGGCACGGCUACAGCUACUAUUAUGGUUUUAGGUGACACUUGCACAAGAGGGUGUAGAUUCUGUUCAGUGAAGACAGCAAGAAAUCCCCCGCCCCCUGAUCCUGAUGAACCAAGAAACACAGCGUCAGCAAUAGUGUCCUGGGGUCUGGACUAUGUUGUACUUACCUCAGUUGACAGAGAUGAUUUACCAGAUGGUGGAGCUGCUCAUUUUGCAGAAACUGUGAGAGAAAUAAAGAAAGGGAAAUCCUCUAUACUGGUGGAAUGUUUGACUCCUGACUUCCGUGGAGAUUUUAACAGUGUUGAAACAGUUGCACUUUCUGGGCUUGAUGUGUAUGCACACAAUGUAGAAACUGUCGCGGAAAUGCAGUGGUUAGUGCGAGAUCCACGGGCCAACUACAAGCAAUCUCUGAAGGUACUGGAACAUGUGAAGAAUCUCAAACCAGAUAUGGUUACCAAGACAUCACUGAUGCUGGGUCUCGGAGAAACUGAUGCUCAGAUCUUACGGGUAUUAGAAGACUUGCGGAAGAUAGAUGUUGAUUGUGUAACCCUGGGACAGUAUAUGCAACCAACAAAGAGACAUAUAAAGGUGAAGGAGUAUGUACAUCCAGACAAGUUCAAGUUCUGGGAGGAUGUUGGUAACAAACUUGGCUUUGCUUACACUGCUAGUGGACCUCUGGUUAGAUCCUCGUAUAAAGCUGGGGAGUUUUUCUUAAAGAAUCUGUUAGAGAAACGAAAAACUGAGAAGCAGUCAAAGGGAACUAAAUAGACAUAGUCUGCUUGUGAAAAAUUUUGGUGAUCGGACACAGUCUGUGAUGGAUGAUUUUGAAAGGACACAGUUUAUGUAACUGUUCAAUUUGUUUCAAACAUUGUUGAGUGGCACAAGAAUGAAGUGAUCUGCAGUAAAACGAGAAUGCCUUCAGAUUGGUUGGAUUUUCGAACAUAUAAAUAAAUAAUAAAAUUAAGGUAACAGAUUCCAGGCAGAAUUUAUUUAUAGAAAUCACAGGCACAGUCUGUAAAAUUUGUGGAAAAGUGAUCCGAUUUAGUGAUGCAAUGAAAAUGUGAUGUAGAAGGGAGUUGUUUUAUGAUAUCAACUUGAAUAGAAUGUUAAUUUAGGAUUUCUGUAUUUACAGAUUAAUUGAUUUCAUGUUUGUUUGGCAUUAAUCAGGAAGCAUGUCCCUUUAUAAUUUGAACACAAAUUGAGUUAAGACUUUUUUUUAAAUGAAAAGGAUAGGAUAAUGGACAGAUAGAAGAUAUGUAAUCGAUUUGACUUUGUUACAGAUUUAAAGAACUUACCGCAGGUUCAUUGACGUGAUGACUAGCAUUUGAUAAGAUAUUUCAUGUUAAUAAUUUUGUUGUUGAACCAAAAUAAAAUUUAAAACUAG